AUGCUUAUGCCAUUUCAAAUAGUUCCUUGGUAUAAUAUUGAAGAGUGGUAUGAGGUUUAUAAUGUACUGUAUGGGCCAAACAGUUCACUAGCAACUAAACAAAAAGGUCUGGACCAUCUUUUGAUUUGGAAAGCUAGAUGUCCGACUUUACCUUCCGCUAUUGAAUCGACUCUCACAUUACUAGAAGUACAUUUACAAGAUGAAAAUAAAUGUAAUCAAAAAUGCAGUGAUUACAUAAUGCGCUUAGCAUAUUCCUCUAGUCUAAUGCGCUUUGUAAAUCAUAUGGUUGACUCUGAAACUUCGAAAGGCCUCAAUUUUUUUCGUGCUGCUAAGAAUAUUGGAAUACCAGAUUGGAUCAUAGAACUACGUCAUGAUACAGCUCAUAGUGAAAAACUCCCAGCUAUUGAACAAUUAAGAGAUGCAUGUUUAAUUAGCUUAGAAUGGCUACAAAAAAAUUAUUGGGAUAAACAUAAACAAUGUAUAGAGAACUUUACUAUAGAAAAAAUACAAGAUGGGGAAUUGGAAAACAAAAUAGAAGCAAUUAUAAAUUUUUGUCUUUCGCUAAGUAUUUGUUCCCAUGCUCGUUGUAAAAUAAACAAAAUUACUGAUAUUAAAGAUAUAACAAUGAGAGACUCUUUAGUAAAUGAUUCAAAAGAUUUAUUGGGAAACUGUGUCGAUUUCAGUAAUCUAGAAUCAGUAACUCUACAAACACUUAUUGAUGCAAUGAAUAUUAAGGCUAAAAGAUUGUUCAACACUGAGAUAGUUUCCCAAUGUGUGAAUAAAGUAUUAAUAUAUGAAGAUUCACCAUUUUUAUCUUUAGAAGUACAUCAUUUAUUCGACUAUUACAACUUUGAAUUUACUAAAUCUUUAAGUAAACAAUAUGUACAAUGUUUUGAAAGAUUAUUGGAAUUUCUUCAUACAAAUGAACUACUUCAAGAUUUCGUUUUGGAAUUAAUUAAAUUUACUCAAGAUGAAAAAAAUUGUAAUAGAAAAAGAAAGCUUGCAGCAAGAUGGGUAUCAACAAUUUUGCAAGCUUGGCGAAGAAAUCAACAAUUUAUGGAAAGACUAAAAAAGACAGAAACUAAGGAUGUUAUAUUAAAAAAUAAAAACAAAAUUAAAUCUUUAUACUUUCAUUGGUAUCCAAAUGAAAAAGAAAAUUCAUUAUUUUUGGAUUUACGUAAGACUGUACCUAAAGACAUGACAAACAUUACCUUUAUUCAACCAAUAAUAUCAGCAUAUAAUAGCAAUCUAACAUACUUCAUCAAGGAUCUACUACACUUAGUGAGACCACGUUUACCUGGAAUAGUUAUAGAGAAAAUAUGUAAUCUUGCAAAGGUUGUGGCAUGUCCAGAAAAAUUUCCAGUUACUUCAUCAAGGAUAUACACAGUUGAUGAUCUGAAGUCUAUAGAUCCCAUUUCAUCCUCUGACAGUGAUACUAUAGAUGCUAGUAAGAAUAAUGCCAAUGAAGAAUGUAAAGAAAGAUUUGGAAUUUGGCAAGUUGCUUCAAAUAACUUUGAUUGGUCUUUAUGCCCUCUAGGACAACUACCAUGGCAACUGCCACAUACAGAGCCCAUGGAAACU